CGUCACCGACGCAGAGAGAGAGAGAAAAACGCUUCUCACCUGAUCGGCAGCGGCUGUUUGGAUCGAGCGGGCCGACACGCACAGCCCGCGGAGCUGCGGCAUGUUAGCGCCUCCGUGUGCGCUCCGGAGCCGGAGGAGAGACAGCUGAUUUGUGUUCCGGUGAGCAGCGGUGACGCUGAUGGUAAAUGAGAGUCCGCCACCAUGCCCCCGGGGAAGUAUGGGAUGCAGGAGGAAUGGGAGAAGGAGGCGGCCCAGGAGGUCAUGAUGGACUUCCUGCUGCCGACUGGGAUCUUCCUCACAUUCCCGGUGUCCCGAAACAACACCAUCAAAAGCAUCAAAAAGAUGGUUUGGAAAAACGCCAGAAGCGAGGCCCUGUUCAGCGCCCUCUGUGACCCCGAUGCGUACGUCUUUACUUGCAUCAACCAGACGGCGGAGAGGGAGGAGCUGGAGGAUGAAUCGAGGCGAAUCAGCGACGUCCGGCCCUUCAUGUGUGUUCUGAGGCUGGUGGCGAGAGAAGGCGACCGCGUGGAGAAGCUCAACAACACGCAAAUCAGCCUGCUGAUCGGCAAAGGUUUGCAUGAGUUUGAAGCCCAGAAGAACCAUGAGGUGAAUGAGUUUCGAGCCAAGAUGCGUACAUUUUGUGAAGAGAAGGCUCUGGACCGCCAAAUGUUGCCAUGGCAGCGGUGGAUGGAGUACAACUUCCCAUGCGACCUUGAACCAUGUUGUUCUCUACCAUCUGGGAAAUCAAAAAACACCAAGAUCUUCAUUAAUGUCAAGUUUGAGGCUAGUGAUGAAAGCUUCAUGCUACAGCAGGACCCUCAAGAUUUGCCAGCAGCUCUGAUGAAAAGUGCUCUGAAGAAGAAGGCUACAGUUUUUCGUUCUGUGCGACAGCAGCCUGAGGACUACACGUUACAGGUUAACGGGCGGUGGGAUUUCAUUUACGGGAAUCACCCCCUGUGCCAGUUCAAAUAUAUUUUCUCAUGUUUGAGAAACAACCAGAACCCUCACCUCACCAUGGUCCACUGCUCCACCAUCAGCAAACAUCAGGAUGAGCAGGGCACAAUGUGCAAGCAGACAUACAGAAGUCGCACCACGUCCAGACCUCCGCCGCUGCCCCUGAAGAAGCAGAAUACGUCGUCUCUGUGGUCCAUCAAUGAGCUGUUCUACAUUCAGCUGGUGCAGGGCAGCCGAGUCAACGCAGAUGAAGGAAUGAAGCUUGUGGUCCAGGCCGGUCUGUACCACGGCAGUGAACUUCUCUGUAAGGUGGUGACGAGCUCCGAGGUGACCAUGUGUUCUGAACCGCUCUGGAACCAAAAGCUGGAGUUUGACAUAAAUGUGGCCGACCUGCCUCGUAUGAGCCGCCUGUGCUUCGCUCUGUAUGCUGUGAUCGAGAAAACCAAGAAGCCCCGAGGCACCAAAAAGAAGAAUAAGAAAGCGGACUGUCCGAUAGCCUGGGUGAACACCAUGGUGUUUGACUACAAGGACCAGCUGAAAACUGGCGAGUUCCUGUUGUCCACGUGGCCAUCUGCUCCUGAUGAAAAAAGUGAGUUGUUGAACCCGAUGGGGACGGUCGAGAAGAACCCAAAUGUGGACAGUGCUGCGGGGCUCCUCAUUCACUUCCCCAACAUCCGACCACAUCCUCUAUAUUUCCCUCCACUUGACAAGCUUCAGCUGCAUGAUGCGGCAAUGAAUGGUGAUGUUACUUUUCCUGAUAAGGAAGAGUACAUGAAGUUAAAAGAAAUAAUGGACAACAAAAACUACACUGAGUUUUUUGAGGAUGAGAAGGAGCUUUUGUGGAAACUCCGCUUUGAAGUCAGAGAACUUUACCCAGAAAGUCUGUCCAAGCUGCUCCUCAUUACCAAGUGGAACAAGCAUGAAGAUGUGAUGCAGAUGGUGAGUUUACUGAGGGACUGGCCAGAACUUCCUGCCAUACAUGCCUUGGAGCUUUUAGACUACAGUUUUCCCGACCCAGCUGUACGAUUGUUCACCAUCAGGUGCCUCAAGAAGCUCAGCAAUGAUGAGCUGCUGCAGUACUUAAUCCAGCUGGUCCAGGUCCUGAAGUACGAGUCCUACCUAGACUGUGAGCUCACCACCUUCCUGCUGGAGAGGGCUUUAUCCAACAGGAGGAUUGGACACUUUCUGUUUUGGCACCUCAGGUCAGAGAUUCAUGUGGCAUCAGUGAGUUUGCGCUUUGGCCUGAUUCUGGAGGCUUAUUGCAGGGGAAACAUCCACCAUAUCAAGCUGUUAACCAAACAGAAUGAGGCGCUGGGAAAAAUGAAGGCCUUGAGUGACUUUGUCAAGUCAGGAUCCCAGAAGAUGACAGUAGAAGACCUGAAGCUCUGUAUCAGACAGGAGUCCUACCAGGAGGCCUUGUCAGACCUGCAGUCCCCACUCAACCCCAGCAUCAUCCUCUCAGAGAUCUGCUCAGAUAAGUGCAGGUACAUGAACUCUAAGAUGAAACCUCUCUGGCUGAUGUAUAAGAGUUCGUGGAUUCAAGGCGACAUGGUGGGCAUCAUCUUCAAAAAUGGAGACGAUCUUCGCCAAGACAUGUUGACCCUGCAGAUGAUCCAUCUCAUGGAAAAUUUAUGGAAGAAAGAAGGGCUGGAUCUCAGGAUGAUCCCAUAUGGUUGUUUGUCAACUGGGAACAAGAUGGGCCUCAUCGAAGUCGUGAAGAACUCAGACACCAUCGCCAAUAUCCAACGCAAUAACAGUAACAGUGCUGCCACCGCUGCCUUCAACAAGGACGCCCUGCUCAACUGGCUCAAAUCCAAGAACCCUGAGGAUAAACUUGAUCAAGCGAUCGAGGAGUUCACACUGUCCUGUGCUGGCUACUGUGUAGCUACUUACGUCCUGGGCAUCGGAGAUCGUCACAAUGACAACAUCAUGAUCAGGGAAACUGGACAGCUAUUCCACAUUGACUUUGGGCAUUUCCUGGGAAAUUUCAAGCGGAAGCUCGGGAUCAACAGGGAGCGGGUGCCUUUUAUUUUGACUUAUGACUUUGUCCAUGUGAUCCAGCAAGGAAGGACAAACAACAGUGAGAAGUUUGAGAGGUUCAGGGAGUGCUGCGAACGCGCCUAUAAGAUCUUGUGUCGGAACGGAACGCUGUUUGUCAACCUCUUUGCAAUGAUGAAGGCAGCAGGACUGCCUGAGCUAACGUCCUUCAAAGACAUUCAGUAUCUAAAGGACUCUUUAGCUUUGGGCAAAUCAGAAGACGAAGCACUGAAGAAUUUCAAAGUAAAGUUCAACGAAGCUUUGCGAGAAAGCUGGAAAACCAAGGUCAACUGGAUGAUGCACUCCUUAGCCAAAGACAACAGGCCGUGAAAAACGGGAAAUAAGCAAACAACAACAGCAAAGGAUUUUAACCACUGGAGAUGAACGGGAAGAAAACACAUUUUAACUUUGUCAAUAACAUUCAAAGAAAGUAAAUGUUUACAUGUGACCGGCUCGCCUACGUGGAGGAUCCCAAAGACUGUAAUCAUGGAGCAACGUUUGAACAUACAGAGGGACAUUACGGUCAGGAAUCGAUCACAGCGCCUUCCUCACAAUGACAUACUUGAAAACCACUUUUUCCACCAAGAAAUCUGAUGGAUGAGACUGAAAAUGAAUCUGAGACUCUGCAGAAAGCAAGACGAAAAAAAAAAACUUUAUAUGAUGUUGUUCUAACUGUUGAGUCGUAGAGAACAGUAGCGGAGCAAGCAUCACUUCACCUCAAGUCUUUUAGUUUACAGAUGAUUUGUGUCAUUUUCCAUCAUUGCCAUCUGCCUUUUUCAUUCUUUUAUUCUAUUGUAUUUUAUUUAAAUAGCUGACUUUAAAUACUUGUAUAAAGACACCAAAAUAUAUUUUUAAAUGUCCUGUUUUACUGAUGUGUUUUAUUGCUACCACAUGCAAAAUGUUUCCUAAAAGGGAAUUGUUGUAAUCUUGAAAAUC